AUGAGGUUUUUUUAUUGGUUUUCUACCGUUUUGGUAACUGCAUGCUCCUUGAUAGUUGAUGCCGUUGCUGAUAACGGUCAUGUGGAUGCCAGCGUUAGAGUUGAAUUGACGAAUAAUAAAAUAGCCGCCGAAGAUGAUAAUAGCAAGUUGGAAGGGGUUUAUAUUAGCAAAGAUUCAUAUGAGAAAAUGGUCUACUUCAGUAAAAUUUGUGCCUUGACAUAUUGUAUUUCAACUGGUAGAUUAGAAAUGGAUAAGACAUUUUUUGACGGAGGUUGUCCUGCCGAUCUUGAUUUCUGUUCCAACGAAGAGCUCAAUCCGUCCAUCAGACGUACUAGAGUUGAAUUAAUACUAGAGGCAGAUGAACAGGAAUUAGGAACUGGGUAUGUGGCAGUUGACCAUGAACGUGAAGUCGUUAUGUUGGCCUUUAGAGGAUCCAGUACUAGACAAGACUGGUUUAGUGAUUUCGAAAUAUACCCGACACAAUAUAAACCAAUAUCUACGAAAGAAUAUAAGAAAUUGGUAGAACGUGGAGAAAUUAGCGCAUGUCAUAAUUGUAUGAUACAUAAGGGCUUCUAUCGUUUCAUUGAAACGUUAAGCAAAGAUUUCCUUCAACGAGUGGAAAGAAUCUUUAAGAGAUAUCCAGAUUAUAACUUGGUUGUUACCGGCCAUUCUCUUGGAGCAGCUUUGGCUAGUAUCUGUGGAAUUGAAUUGAAACUUAGAGGGUAUAAUCCAUUAAUCUUAACUUAUGCUACUCCUAAGAUUUUCAAUGAAGAGAUGAAGCAGUGGGUGAAUGAUUUGUUUGACACCAAAGCGAUUCAUGACGAAUGUGUCGAAACUGGGGAAGUCAAUAUGCUUCAUGGGUAUUUUAGAGUUAUUCAUUUACAAGAUUACAUCCCAAUGGUUCCCCCAGGAUAUAAGGCUGCUGGUCUAGAGAUUUUUAUCACCAAACCUGAAUUACCACAUGAAAUUCAUGAUUUAGAGUACAGAGCGGUGGGUUCUGGAGCCACUUGGAAAAAAGUGCCGAUGAAUAAGGAUUCCAAAUAUGCUUUAAUGAGCGGUAUAGGUCAUUGGUUACAUAUGGAUGAACAUCGAAAGUAUUUCAUCUUAAUAAAUAGUUGCUCUGGAUUUUAA